AUGUUCAAUCCAGAGCUCAAGGCACUGGACAUUGAAUCAAGCUGGAAUCAAAUAAUCCCCACCAACCAAACACCCUCAGCGAAGACAUUGGACCAGACUCCCAUCUCUUCGAUCGGCAGUGGGAUCGCGCCAACCCUUCCACCUGAGAAUUCAACAGUCAACACGAGACCACCGAGAGUACUCUCCCAAUUGCAGAAGUGGGAUCGCGCAAACUCAAGAAAUUCCGAAAAGUCAGCUACAAGACUCUACACCCUCGAUGCAAGCCACAUGAUGUCUCCGGCAGUCUCGGUGGAACUUAUAUCGGUUUAG